AUGAUUUUAUUAGCAGGAGAUUUUCGGCAAACAUUGCCAGUGAUUCCACGAUCAACGCCAGCUGAUGAACUUAAUGCAUGCCUAAAAUCAUCCAAUUUGUGGAAACAUGUCAAAAUACUUCAUUUAAGCAAGAAUAUGCGUGUCGAGUUGCAAAACGAUCAAUCUGGAAACAUAUUAUCUAAACAACUCAUAGACAUUGGUAAUGGCAAAUUGCAUGUAAACAUGUUGACCGGCUGCAUUAACUUUCCUCGAAGUUUUUGUCAGUUAACUCGAUCAAAAGAUGAACUUAUUCAAAAGGUGUAUCCAGAUAUUGCUCGCAAUUACAGAAACCAUGAUUGGUUGAGCGAACGAGCUAUAUUGGCUGCAAAAAACUUAGAUGUAAAUGAAUUAAAUUUAAAAAUUCAAGAACAAAUUUCAGGUGAAUCGAAGAUAUAUAAAUCAGUUGAUUCGGCAACUAACCAAGAUGAUGUAGUCAACUAUCCACCGGAAUUUUUAAACUCGCUGGAUUUACCAGGAUUGCCACCUCACCAAUCUUAA